AUUAAUUAUAUGUACACAUUUGUUAGAGCUAGAAUUUAGAUACCAUGUAUCAAUGUGUGUGAGGGAAUUUCGGCUCUCGGUGCAGGGUAUGUCCUAGUCGGCACACAUUUGAGUAGAGCACGAUUGUUGUAAAUGUGUGUGCAAUUUGACCAAAACAGCGACCGGCAACUGGCGACCUUUUUUGGCGGGCGUUUUGUAGAGCAUGAGAAACUGAAAACAGCUGAAAAACUGACGCAUUUAAUUGCACAAACUAUGGCCUAGGCCUAGGUCGGCGCACUAGCUGGAGCUUACACAGUGCUCUUUCGUUCAUAAUUAAUAUAAUAAUAAUAAAAUAUAUAUCCGAAGCCAGCUGCCGCCUUCAAAGUACGCUCACGGCUCGACGACAACUUUGAGCGUUUUCGCAGCGCUUUUGUCUCAAUUCAGUUGAGUGAAACUCGUUCUUGUGGCAUUCAACGUGAAACACAUAAAAGUACGCCAGCUCGUUAUUUGAGAUUCAGUUACAAAUUCAGUUUCAACUUUGUUAGCCAGCUGCCAGCUGCCAGUUCCAGCCCCAGUUGUUGUCCAGUGUUAAAUAUUCGAUCAUGUGGUCCACCCGCCUACUUCACUUGCUUGGUUGCCUUGCGCUGGCCCUGAGCACGGCUCGGGCGCAGUUCUUCUACCAUCAGGCUUUGGGACUGCCAGCGAAGGCCGCAUAUGAGCCAGCAUCGCCAUAUGUGGGAUAUGCCACGGCAGAUGCGCAUCCGUCGGUGGUUAAAAAUGCCCAAUGGGAGUCGCAGCUGCCGGGUGAGCUCUCCAAGAGUGCCCGCUUCUACAGCGAUCCGGUCAUAGCUGCCAAUCUGGCCAAGGAGUCGCUGCUGACGCGCAAGGAGAUGGCGGUUGUGCAUCGCGAGGCGGAAAAGAUUCCACGCGAACAGGUCUACAAGCUCUUCAAGAACGCGGGCUACUUGAGUCGCAGAUAGACGGGAAACCAGCUUCCAUUUCCCAAGUGCCUUGUUGUAUUCUAGUUUGUAAUUUGUUGCAUAUGUUUAUUAUGAAGU